AUGGCCAAGACCCGGAAGCCCCCGCCGCCGCCCCCUCCCCCUCCGCCGCCCCCGCCCCCCGCGGAAACCCCGUCCCCGCAGCGCAAGCGCAAGAAGAAGGGCCGCCCGUCCCUCCUCGACCUCCAGCGCCGCAGCCUCCGCCUCCAGGCGCAGAGCCCCGAGCCCGCCGCCGCCGCCUCCUCGCCGCCCCGCAACCCCUCCGACGACGACGACGACGCGCCCGGCGCCAGCGGCCGCAGGCGCCAGAAGCGCCUCAAGAGCGUCCUCUCCGGCACCGCCGAGGACGAGGAGGAGCAGGCGGUGGCGGUGGCGGUGAAGAAGAAGGAUGCGGCGAAAGCGACCGGGAAAGGGGCCGCUGCGUCGGAUGCCGGGCCCACGGGGACGCCCCUCCCGGACAAAAAGUUGCUUCUCUUCAUCCUCGACAGGCUCCAGAAGAAGGAUACAUAUGGAGUUUACUCGGAGCCUGUCGACCCGGAGGAGCUUCCGGAUUACCACGAGCUUAUCGAGCAUCCUAUGGACUUCGCAACCAUCCGCGAGAAGCUGUUGAACGAUUCGUAUACCAUCUUAGAGCAGUUCGAGAAUGAUGUAUUUCUACUUACAUCAAAUGCCAUGUCGUACAAUUCAGACGAUACAGUAUACCAUCGCCAGGCACGGUCUAUUGAAGCUCUUGCUAAAAAGGAUUUUGAGAACUUGAGACAGGCUAGUGAUAGUGAAGAAGAACAACCGAAGACAGCACCGAGAAGAGGCAGGCCACCGAAAUAUUUAAAGAAACCAGCUGAGAAGGCUGAGGAUGAAGUUUCACCAGAUUUAUCCAAUGUAAAAACAAAUAAAUCUGCAGACAACACUGAAACAAGAAAAAGAUGGUCUAGUGAGAGAACUCGAAAUACAAAUAUCUCCAUGAGAGAUUCAUCCAUUCUUCAGCACAACACAUUCAGUUCCUUUAGUGGUAAAAAAAUAGAGAAAACUGGUGCUUACUCAGGACCUUCGAAGUAUGGAAAGAAGACUACUUACUUAGAUGAUGAUAAUCGGAGUACAUAUGACCAACAAUACUCACAUUAUAGUCCUCUGUUUUCUGCCCUUGAUUGUGAAAGGAAACAACUACUUCCAAUUGGGCUUCAACAGCAACAUGCAUAUGCUCGGAGCUUGGCACGGUUUGCUGCAAAACUUGGUCCGGUUGGAUGGGAUAUAGCAGCAAAGGGUAUCAGACGGGUAUUGCCUCCUGGGACAAAGUUUGGCCCAGGUUGGGUUGUAGAUGGUGAGCCACCUCAAAACUCCCAGUGGUCUCGAGUUCCUGAAUCCACUGAUCCAUCCACCGAGUCCAGUAUUCCAUGCGGCAUAACACCCAAAAGCGAUGAUCCCCGUCGGAGUUCUGAGCUAUCUCCAAAUGCGGAUUCCCUGGGCGAAGAGCAUCUAGCUAAAAGCCAGUCAGUGGCGUCCACAUCUGCAAGCUUUGACAGGAGCUCUACAUUUGCCAGCAAAGUACCCGUGUAUGAAAAUGGAGUUACUGUGCCAUGUGAUAGCGUGGGUAAUACUGGACCAACACCUCCGUUACAGCAGCAGAGUUAUAGUCAAGAAAUCCCUUCUAACAUGAACGGCAUAGCCCCUGCUGUGCCAAACACCAUGGGUCAGUAUGCUGGACAAGGAUUAUUUGGAGCAGGCAUGCAAAUGACGCAUGCUCAAGUGCUGGGGAUGUUCUCUGGAGUAAAUGGCAGAGCCAACGGGUUUCUCCACGGGCACCCGCUGGCUUCGGAGGGUGUUAAGGCGACACAGAAUGGAGUUGUUGGAAAGGCAGCCACCAGUCCCUUGCAAGAUGCAGUUCAUGACCCAAAGGGUUCGUUUCCACAGAAUGAGAACAGUCCUGCUUCUCCAAGCCAAAACGCCGGUGGUUCCCCGCCUAGGGGGAAAAUAGCGAACCCGAAGCACCCGGACUUGGUUUUACAGCUCUGAGCACAGUAGCAGUCAUUGACAUAGAUCACUUUAGUAUAUGCUGUCCCUGAUGGAAACAAGGCGGGUCAUAAUCCUGCUUCUCCAGGGAUAAAUCCUCCAGCAUCAGACCCGUUGAUAGACAUCUGCAGUACACCGAGCGGCACCCAGGAAGUUCAGAGGACGGCUGUAUUCACGGCCAGAGGAGAAUAAUAAAGCGGGGCUGGACAAGGCGAGGCAAGACAAGGUCUCAGGAAGUGAAAUAAGCAGGGCUAUUUGAUGAUCUGACCCGUAGUGAAUGAAUCAUAAUGAGUUGUUGUAAAAGGGUAGGUAGUGUGUACAGAUUCUAAUCGUAUUGGAGAUGAUAAUGUUGGGGCGCGUGGGUAGCAGUAUCCAAUGUGUAACAUUAUAGUAGAACAGUAGAACAAGUAGAGCAUACAAGGUGGGAAGAUGCGAGGUGAAUAGUUGUGCCGUUUUCCCGCUGAGGCGGAUGACGAUGACGAUGAUGGCGAGGAGUCUGGCAGGCAGAUGUGUUUCGAUGGCUGGGCUGAGCUGAGCAAGUGAGCAGCAGUAGCAGCCUCGGUCGAAGUUGUGCCCGCAUACUGUGAGAUGAUCCUGUUAUGUUGUGGUAUUAUUUCUUGAUGUCGAUGUUAUUACUCUUUACUUGUAGUCUGAAAUCUUUGAUAUCACAUUGGUUUAGGCAAAGCUUUGCAUAAACCUGGAUGGGAGGGAGUAUAUUGUAUGUGGCUCAUUUUAGAUUGUUUUUCAA